CCCGUCCGUUACAACUGCGGAACGACAUGAAACAGCAAACAGUGCUAGACACGGAACACCAUUAGGAAGAAGAGUGGUUGUGACAGCGCAGAUCCAUUCACCACCGCAAAUAUCUACUAAUUCUACACCUGUUGAUUGUACGGGGAGUUUUGCAAACAGUAUACCUCAAGCAGUUGCUGAUGCAGGUGUUAGAAGACCGUGGGUAAAAUCAAGAUCACACCAUGAACACCAGAAUGUGACUGCUCCCCCGGUUCAGCCCGAUAGACAAAAGACUGUAGACCCCUGUGAGAUCGACGUGAUACCUAACACCCCCGAGCGAAAACGUCCGAGACAAUCAACUCAACCAGAAGACAAGGAGCUCUGGGACGAGCAUUUUGCCCAAGCAUGGGAUGGAUGUGAUAUGAACGUCCAAUCUAAUGUGGAUCAGGAGAAGAAUUUAAAUCAACCCACAGACACUGUUGAAAACGUCGCCGAUUCAGAUGAUGAUGAUGCAGACAAGCUUCCUUCAAACCAGGAGGAAUACAAGAACCAGCAGCUGAACGACACAAACAAUGACAUUUUGAACACUAUUGUCAAGAACCAAGAAAGAAUUAUAGAGGACCAAGCACGUCAUAAACAGCAGAACGACGCAAACAAAGCCAUUUUGGACACUGUUGCCAAGAACCAAGAACAUCAUAAACAGCAGAACGACGCGAACAAAGCCCUUUUGGACACAGUAGCCAAGAACCAAGAAAGAAUUAUAGAGGACCAAGCACGUCAUAAACAGCAGAACGACGCAAACAAAGCUGUUUUGGACACUGUUGUUAAGGAGCAGCAGAAACAAGGGAUCAUCCUUAAACAUAUUGUUGCGUUACUAAAACGUCAUCAUGGUGCACAUGCUAAGACGGCCUGUGAUCAGGAAAUGACUGUAACGCUGUUAACUGAACUGCUGGAUCUUUUUAAAUAACUGUAUUGGUGAGUCCUAUUUUCUUUACCCAGUUUUUUUUUUUCUAAGUGUGUAUUAUUUUUGUCACAAGUGUGCAUAGAUGUGGUUUUAUGAUUAGAUUUUUUCCUUCUUCUACGUUUAGUUGUGUGGUGUGUAUUUUGUGAAUAUUUUUAAAUAAAUUAGUGUUAGAAAUGGCUGCAAAACGUUGUCGGGAGUCAUGUGAUGGUGAACAAGAUCCACCGUUAAGGGGUAAUAGGGAUGAUAAUUUCCAAAAUCAACAAAACACCACAGAAAAGCUACUCAGGCUCAUACAGACUGUUGAUGAGAUGAAAAAACACAAA